AUGAAUAUUACAUUUUGCCGUCAUCGUCAGAAAGAAGCUUGUCGUCGUCAUUUCAAUGAGCACUGUGAAGCAAUUGUGCCAGACGUACAACCGUUAACGGAUUCGAUCGAUGAGUUAUACGAAAAAAUAAAAAAAGUUGAUAUUGAUCAAAUCGCACAUAGAUCGUUAGAUAAACUUCAAGAAUGGUUUUGGAAAAGUAUUCAAAUGGGGCGUGAACUGUUUAUAUUAAAAUAUGAUGAAAUUGUAACUCUUUGCCUGGAUAAUAAACAAUUUCUUGAACAAACACAGAAUGAUAAUCUUGAAUUCAUUAUGCGAUUGAAACAGGAAACAGAGACACUGUUAAAGAGGGGAGGCGAUUACACUACAUUCUAA